AUGGAAGAGGCGAAGCAAACAUUGAUAGCAUCAUUGCCAGAAGCACCAAGAAAACCGAAGUCGAAAGUAGCGAGAGCGAUGAGGAAAACAUUCAAAGGAACAGCUCAUCUGUCAAAUCUGCUCCCGACCGGCUCGGUAAUGGGUUUCCAAAUAAUGUGUCCGGUCUUAACCCAUCAAGGUCAGUGUCCAACCAUCACCAGUCGCUGGCUCACCUGUUUCCUCGUCUUCGUCUGCGCCGUCUCUUGCUUCCUUCUCUCUUUUACCGACUCCUUCAGAGACCAAUGCGGCAAGGUCAGGUACGGAUUGGCGACGCCGAGUGGGUUAUGUGUGAUGGAUGGAACGAUUACUCUAACGGAGGAGGAGAAGGAAAAGUAUAAGCUCAGGUUUCUUGAUUUCGUGCACGCAAUCAUGUCCAUGCUUGUCUUCUUCGCUGUCUCCAUGUUUGAUCAGAACGUGAUCCGUUGCUUAUUCCCUGUUCCUUCCGAAGAAACCAAAGAGCUUCUUGUCGGUUUGCCUUUCAUCAUCGGGGUUGUUUGCGCCGGGUUUUUCCUCGUGUUCCCCACACGCCGCCACGGCAUCGGAUCUCCCCUCAGCAAAGAAUAA